AUGUCAGUUCCCGAGGGUUACACCGCGGUGCCGGUUGCUGUGCUGGACAGCACCACUGGCAACACCGAGAUCAUUGCCAGUGUCGGUCUCGUCUUUUCCAAGCAGUUAUCCCUGUCCAAGCUCGAAGAAAGCUGGUAUCAGCUUGUCCGUGUUUGGCCGCUCGUAGCUGCGCGAGUCCGAGUCAGUAACACCGCCACCAGUGGAAUUGCGUACCACGUUCCUGAUCCCGCCAAGCUCGCCCAGCUCGAAGCUACGAGUCGCUCAUCCUCUGAACCUCUGCGCAAGAUGAUCGUCACUCGUGAUGUCUCGGAUCGCUCCAUCCAGACCUACAGUAAUUUCAGCAAGAGGAUCACCUCGGGACAGCUUUCCGACAUUUGCCUUGGUACGGGUCCCAACCCCAAACUCAGCCGUGAGCUGACAUGCAUCAACGCCACGCGCACUUUUGACCAGCUCCUUGAAGAGGAUCAAUCUUUUGUAACAGCUCAGGCAACUCUGUUCAGCGAUGCGACCAUCGUAAGUAUUUCGCUCAGUCACAUCAUUGGAGAUGGCUUUGGUCUUCACCGCAUCUGGAAGGCUUGGUCCGGUAUUCUCAAGGGCCAUAUGCCGGAAGCGCUGCAAGACCUGGGCAAGGACCCUUUCAUCGAUUAUCUGGCUCCGGAAGGUCCACUUUCAAAGAACGUCGAUGGCUCGCCGCUGCCAGAUCCGAAAGGAUGGUACAAGUUUGGCUUCUUGGACAAGGUCAACUUUGCAGCCAGAGUAUUGUGGGAGCUCCACGUAGCGCGUCCAGAGAAGAAAAUAGGACAGUACUACGUCUACUUGCCCGAGGAGCGCGUACAGCAGCUCGUGCAAGAGGCUCAAAGCCAGGUCGAUGCCCACCUCGAGUCCUCUUCCUUGGUCUCAGAGAAAGAGGCAGGAGACAUCAAAAAGGUGGCGACUGUCAAGCUGAGCCGCCUCAAUGUGCUGUUCGCUUGGCUCAUUCAAAACACCCAAGCCGCGCGCAAGAACCAGAAGCGACUCAGCUCCGUGCUGGCCAUCUGCAACACCAAGGGAAGGCCUGCAACCGGAUAUCGCCCCGAGAUGGACCCUGCCCAUCCUUUCUGGGGUGGAGCUGUCGCCUUCCCCGUGAAGCCACUCUCGUCGGCAGAGUUCGUGUCCAUGCCGCUCGGAGUGCUGGCGUUGCACAUUCGAGAGUCGCUCGCGGACUACACUGACCCAGACAAUAUGCAGUAUGCAAUCACCAUGUUGCUCAACAACACAUUGUGGAAGAAUCGCAAAAAGCCUGCGCCUAUGUACCUCUUUGCCAAACCUAAUCACUACUGGUCUGGCAUGACCGACUGGAGACCUGUAAAAUUUGGUGCCACCGACUUUGGGGGUGCGCUUCCCCAAGAGGCUCAAGCCGACGUCUCGCAGGAGGUGUUGAAGCCGGAUGCCAUCAAUGCCGAUUUGGCGAUCUCUGGCACAAAGCGAUAUCGCUGGGCGUUGAUGGGAGAGGCAGGCAAAGGGUGCUGGUUCACCGGCUUCAUGACGCACAAGGACGCCACCCAUCCUCGCGGAUUCGGUCGAUACCCUCUCUACCAGUAG